AUUUACUAAUGUUAAUUCACGCGGCUUAUUAACAGGUCUCUACCAUUUCCCAGUUUUGUCGAAUGGAGCCCUCAUCGGAGAAGAUGAACGAAGAAGAGGGGAAAAUCACCGCCGAUUUUGAGCAGACAGAGAUAGAGUACCAGAGCUAUGGAGGAGAACAUCACCUGCCCAUCAUUAUGCGCCUCGUCGACGAAGAGCUCAGCGAACCUUAUUCAAUUUUCACUUAUCGUUAUUUCGUCUACCUUUGGCCUCAACUAACGUUCCUGGCUUUCCAUAAGGGUCGGUGUAUUGGAACUGUUAUAUGUAAAAUGGGAGAGCAUCGCAAUACUUUCAGAGGCUACAUUGCAAUGCUUGUUGUCCUUAAUCCUUAUCGUGGUCGAGGCAUUGCUACAGAACUAGUUACUAGAUCGAUCAAGGUCAUGAUGGAAUCAGGCUGUGAAGAGGUUACAUUGGAAGCAGAAGUUACAAACCAGGGAGCACUUGCAUUAUAUAGCAGGCUUGGUUUUAUCAGGGCAAAGAGGCUUUUUCGUUACUACUUGAAUGGAGUUGAUGCUUUCAGGUUGAAACUAUUAUUUUCACAACCAGAAUUACAGCCCCCAUCUGAGAUGCUUGCAGAAGGAAAUGGAAUUCAAGAAGAUCAAAUUCAUAGCUUCACCCCUGAACCAGCAGCUUACGCAGUCCAGCAGUGAGAUCUCUUAAAUCAUCUACAACUAAAAGAGGUGUACUUUUUUCUUUUUUUAGAAGAAAAACAGAAAUUGCAUUUAAUCCGAAAAUUUGAGUUCUCCCAAUACAAGCAAGGUAUCUAGAAUCCUUUUUUUUGUCUCUUAAAAAAUGUACUAUCCACACAUUUCUAUGUUCCUUCCUGCA